AUGUCGGGAACCAAAUCCAACGCACAGAUAGACGUUAUCAAGGAUCCCGACAUCGUGGAAGCCGUUGAGUCAACAGUAGAAGAUCUCGAUCCCGUCCAACUAAACAGCAGCGACAGCACAAAAAAGGCUUAUAUCGGGCACAAUCUCACAGAGCCAGGCAUCCCGAAAGACAUCGCUACACACAAGUUGAAUGUCGACCCGCUCUAUCCACCAGUGCGACAAAUAAGGACAAAAUUCAAUGCCGCAAUUAAUAAGGCCGUCAGCGAUGAAGUUGAUAAGUUGCUCGCCAAUGGUUCUAUCCGAGAAUCAAAAUAUCCCCAAUGGGUCGCAAAUGUGGUCAUGGAAAGAGGACCACAUCGACCACCUUACAGAGGCCUUCGAUAUAUUAAGACGGUACGGAAUGAAGCUAAACCCAGAAAAAUGCGCCUUCGGCGUGACCUCGGGCAAAUUCCUCGGUUUCUUGGUAUCACAAAGAGGCAUCGAAGUCAAUUCAGACCAGAUGAAGGCCAUCGAAUACACAAAAUAUUAACCAGCAAAAAACAGGUACAAAAGCUGACUGACUGCAUCGAGGCCCUGAGAAAACUAAAGGCAUACUUUUCCUCGCCACCACUGCUCGCCAAAGAAGAACCCGGCGAACGCCUCCUAGUCUACCUAGCAGUCUCAGAAGUCGCGGUAAGCGCAGUUUUGGUCCUCGAAAAUAAAGGUACGCAAACUCCGAUUUAUUAUAUCAGCAAAAACCUGGUCGAUGCCGAAACGAGGUAUCCCCACCUCGAGAAAUUGGCUCUGGCACUGGUCGUAGCUUCACGAAAGCUCAGACCGUAUUUUCAACAUCACGCCAUAGCGGUGGUGACAACUUUCCCCCUAAGGAGCAUCCUGCAUAUACCCGACUUAUCGGGAAGAUUGGCCAAGUGGGCCAUAGAAUUAAGCGAGCACGAUAUAGCAUAUCAGCUGCGAACAACGAUAAAAUCACAGGUACUCGCCGACUUCGUUGCCGACUUCAGUGCCGAAAUAUUGUCUGAGGUCAAGCAGGAAACGCUUCGCACCUCUCCUGGACAGCCCGACCUCUGGGUCCUUUACACCGAUGGCGCAUCUAAUGCAUCGGGAUUUGGACUGGGACUCGUACUUGAAGUCCCAACAGGCGAAGUGAUUCGCCAAUCUAUACGGUGCCCCGCAAUGACUAACAAUGAGGCCGAGUAUGAGGCCGUGAUUGCAGGAUUAGAGCUAGCCCUAAAAUAUGGAGCACGAAGAGUCGUCCUCAGAUGCGACUCACAACUUGUUGUUAACCAAGUCACUGGGACUUUCCAAAUCAAGGAGCAAAGGCUGCAGAAAUAUCAGGCAGAAAUCCAUAAACUACUAGAAUUUGAUGAAUGCCGACUCAACCAGAUACCCCAGGCGCAAAAUAUUGAAGCAGAUGGCCUCGCCAAAUUGGCAGCGACAACCAAAAAUAUCACCAAGGAGAAUGUGGUCACCCUCCUCCACUCGUCAAUAGACCGAAUUGAGGCGGCCAGGUACAGCCUCAUAAAUCAUGACCUUUACAAGAGAACGUUCGGCGGCCCCUUGGCUAAAUGCCUAGGGCCAAGUCAGACAAGGCGCGUGCUCGAAGAAGUACACGAAGGUCAUUGCGGUGCCCGUACAGGCAACAGAGCUCUCGUCAAAUGCCUUAUUCGGGCAGGAUACUACUGGCCCACCAUGAAAAGGAAGCCACAGAUUAUGUCAAAAGAUGUGAACAGUGUCAAAAAUAUGCACCUAUGA